GGCACGGGGGCCACUCUGUGGGCAGAGGAGCAGGAGCGAGCCCAGCAGCGGCAGCAGCGAUGGCAGGGAAAGAUUUGGAGCAGUGCCAGCGGCAGGCGGAUGAGGUGACGGAAAUCAUGCUCAACAACUUUGACAAGGUCCUGGAGCGCGAUGGGAAACUCUCGGAGCUGGAGGAGCGUUCCGACCAACUCCUGAACAUGAGCUCAGCUUUCAGCAAGACAACCAAGACCCUGGCCCAGAAGAAGUGCUGGGAGAACAUCCGUUGGCGUAUCUACUUGGGGCUGGUGGUGGGCGGUGGCCUGCUCAUCAUCCUGAUUGUGUUGCUGGUCAUCUUUCUCCCACAGAGAAGUGAGGGCAGCAGUGGCCCACAGGCCCAGGACUCAGGUGCUGCCUCGGGGCCUGGGGACUGACCCAGUCGGGCGUGGAGGAGAGGCCAAAUGGCCGCACUGGCUGAUUCUGGUCUCCAAAGAACUUUGGCAUUUGCUCCUAUCUGAGCCACCCCAGUGAGCGCCUAAGGGCAGCCCCAAAGUGUGCACCUCUGCAUCUCCUAUCACGCCACUGACUGGCCCUUGAGGGCAGCCUGCUGCACUGGCCAUGCCAGGCCAGCCCCACUUGGAGCUCAGUAAACGCUGCUGCUUGGUUAAAAAGUGCUGUUUGGUUAACAGCUGGUGUGUGUGUGUGUGUGUGUGUGUGUGUGUGUGUGUGAAGGUCUCCAGGUUGUUCAUUCUGCUCUGCUUCCACCCCUUGGGCUGCUUAGAAAGGCUACCACCCGAAGGACUCCAUCCUUGGGAAGUGGCCCCUUCCUCUCACUUCCCUACUUGGUCCAACCCUGCACAGACAGAUCCUUCUGGAGUGCAGGUGUAAAGGCACAACAGCCCCCAAACCAGACCCUCCAACUGGUGUCCUCUGAGCCUGUUUCCCUGAGAACAAAAUCUGUUAUGAUUCUGAUGUCUUGGGGAUGCUCAGAGGACCAAUGGGACUCCAGAUGGGAUGCCAAAGAGGGAAACACUUCAGAGAUUUUUAUAUCACAAAGUGAGAGGCUAGACUUGUUGCCCUCGGAACACUUCCCCCUUCCCAAUUUCUCUGCCCAUGGUUUUCCUCAAGCUUUGCAUCAGGUCACAGAUGAGGCAGGUGGCAGUGAAAACGGGAAGGGUGUCUGUGGUGUUGUGAUGCAGUCACAAAGGAUGACUCGGAGUUUGACCUGUAGGAGAGAAUUUGGGCUUUUUAAAGCUCCAGGGCUACGCGGGGCCAAGUAGGCAGUGCCUUCAGGGAAACAGGAAAGAUCAUUGGGUAAAGGCCAGGGAAGAAGGAAGGAAGGCCCUGCCAAGACCAGAGUAACCCAAGCUGGGGCGGCCUUCACUGCAUUUCAAACUCAAGUGUGGGAAGGAAGGGGAAUUCAGGGUCAAGUGUGUAACAGAAGCAGUUCCUAGUUAAGUAGAGAGAGGGCUACUGGAAGAGAAAUAAGAACAAACCUGAGAGUUGUAUGGACCCCUCACCAGAGCUCAUUACUUCUGAGGUAGGAUAGUAAGCUGGGAAAAUUCCUUGGCAAGUGGAGUGGGGAAAUUGAGACAGAGAGCUGAACAAACUGGCCAAGCAUUUCCCGGCAAGUUACAGAAGGUCACUAGGGCAGAAAGCCCCGGGUGCCUAGCAAUGAGCAAAAUUGGUGCCAGACCUCAAAACCAGGGUGGCUUUUCCUCCCCUGGCAUAUCAAUGGCCGAUAUCUGUGUAGUUUAGACCUCCCUGACCUUUCCUCCUAGAACAGUGGUUCUCAACCUUGGCUGCACAUAAGUAUCAACUGGGAAUCUUUAAAAUCCUGAUUUCUGGGCCUCAUCCUCUGGAAAUUCUGUUUCUUUGUUACUAAUGUUGUGGCCACACCCCAUAACUAGAGGUAACACCUAGGCCUCAGCUGUAUUUCAGCUCCAGGCUUAGGAAAAACAGCAAAACCAGAGAUGGGUGACACCAGGACCAGCUUCAAUUACUAAUGAUCCUCUGCCCUGGUGCCGACCCAUCAGUGGAGACCACAACCCUGAAAGGAUACACCUGGAAAAGCUGAGGAAUAUUCUAUUGAGAUCCUUCCCUAAGACUUCCCCCACACUCCCAGCCUUUAAAACCCUCAAAACUUAGGACCCCACUGCACACUCUCCCUUCCAGGAAUAUGUCUGGGCCUUUCCUUCCCCCUCUUCUUUCCCCUGAGGCAUGCAUCUCCUAAACUCUAAGGAACCCCAUGAGAAUUGUAACCAGGGGAGCAUCGGGCAGGGGCAGCUCGUCCAAGGCUAACGCCCUGCCCUGAACCUCUCCCCAAGGCCCCCUUUUCUCUGACUCUCCAGGGAGCUGACAGCAGCCUCACGUUGGCUCACUUCUUUCUAGAGAGCAGAAGCAGCUGGCUGAGGCUCUCUCCUAUGGCUUCUUCCAUCCUAAGCCCUUCCUUGUUUCACUUCCCCCAGCUUUAAUAAACAUAUCCUCAAAAGCA